AUGCUGCCCGCAGCGUACGAGGAAAAUUCACCCGAUACACCAUUGCUCGAUGAUACGACGGAUGUGGAGCCACUCGUGCUGCCCGGUGUCGCAAGCCCGGUGUAUGGCACCACUCCAAAACUUGGACCAUGCGGGCAGGAAUUGCCACCGCCGCUUUUUGCUGAAACAUACAGUAUAGGCGAGGUGCCACACCCCGAAACAGAAACGGCAGGCGCAAAGGUGCUCACUGCUUCGGCAGUAUUCUCGCGUUCCGGCGCGCUGCACCCCUCGGCCAUCAUGCCGCGUCGGGGCAGUCUAGCGGGCAGGAAAGAGUAUGCCGAAGCCAUGCGCCGCGCGUCGGAUACGAAUAUACCAUUGGACUCACAGGUAGUGCAGGAAAAAGACUGGAACAUGGGCGUCUUCUUAACAGAUUUGUGGCGCGACGUCACGGCCGCGCCGCAGCAGCCCCCUUUGCCAAAACGUGCGCAACAAACAGGAAGCGCACUCGAAGCCAUUGGCGCCUUGUUCCUGCGGCGAGAUAGCGCAGGCAGGCUCGAGGAUCUUACACUCCGCCAAAAGGAAGCCAGCGCAGACACACAGAACAAUUUUUUCUGGACGGUGCUUCUGCAGCUCAAAAUGUGUCUUUUGUUGCUCAAAAAGCUCCUCUUCUUUCUCACCGACCUCGUUUUUCCAAAAAGCAACCCUCGAACGCGCGUUGCAGCGUAUACGGACGGUGUGUCGGACAAAGAUGCUCCGUCGACGCCGGUAGCAAUGCCCGGUAUGUUUGUGCAUGACCACGAUGAUGGAUUGUUGCUCCCGCCGCCAUUCCUAGACGAAUACAGCGACCCACGCAGCUUUGAAGGGCUCCUUGGCGUGCGUCGGAUGCGCGAGCAGAGGCAGCGGAGGCAGCGGCUGGACAAGCUCUCGGAGCAGAACCGGCCAGCGCACCGUGUAGAUAUACUCACUGCGCUCUCCAACUUUGUCACCUCUGCAAAAGCAUCGGAGAAGCGGAGAGAGAUGGAGCGCAGGCCGCGGCGUGAUACAGGCUUUGGCUUUGGCUUUUCCAAGCGCAGCGAGCAGGUGCCAUGGACAACGGCACGGCUGUUUGCAAGACGCAAAACACCCGCAAGUGAUACCCCAAUAGAGCCGUGUUUGCAAAAAGCAUCCCCUGGUUUGCAGUCAUCUGCGUAUGCCAGUGACCCAGAGCAACGCACGCCGCCGAGUCUCUGCGCGCAGUCCGGCUCAAAAAGCGCGCCCACCACACCAGCCAGCAUUAUUGGCCCAGCGGAUUUCGUGGCAGACAAAUCAACCCAGACCGCUUCUCGGCUGACGCCGCUUGCAAUGCUCCAAAUGGGACGCGAAGAGGGCAAGUACCUUGCGUCUGCUCAUGUCGCUACAAAGCAUUUUGUGCAUAAGAAUACGCCUUCGCCCGACGCGCAGGCUCUGCGUGCUGUGAGUGUGAGCAGCGUAUGGAUGUGCUUGUCGUAUUGUUUUGUCGCGCUGACGCUAACCCCCGACUUUGUUGUCUUUCUCUUGGCACACCUGCUGGACGUAGCCAUCGAGACGUACGAAACGCUCGCUGAAGCGCUUUGGUUUCUGCGCUGGAUUUGGCAAAAUGUCACUGCUCAGACUGUGCUUGGACGGUGCUGCUACGACGCGUACAAACUCAUUAAGGCGGAAUGGUCCUAUGUCGCGUUAGAAGACCACGAAGCGCGCAGCGAGCGACGCCGUCCGCUGCCCAAGCUUGGCUGGCAAUCGCGCCGCGGCCUCAGCGUACUGCAAGUGCUACACGGUUUCCUGGAACUUGUUUGCCUUCAAUCGGUCACACGCGAGCGGUACCAGCAUGAAAGUGCGGAACUGGUCAAGAUUGAAGAGUGGAAAAGCAGAGUGCAGCACAAUGGAGCCGACAGCCGCGACGACGAACUCGUCGUCACCAACCGCUCCAACGAUAUCCUGGAAAUUGCUAGCACCGCACUGACCGACGAGCCAGCGUACGACCCCAGCGUGUGGGAAGAAAAUACGGUUUCCCUGGUCCGCAAUAUCAAAUGGGCUUCGCAGCUGUCCAUGUCUGCGUACGGCCUCCAAGUGCUCAUUGUUGAUCUCCCGCCCGUCUUCACACCCUCCGGACACCAGCUACCAAGGCAAACGUUUGCACACCUCUCUAGGCUGAAUGCCGACGAUGUCGUGCACGCUGAGAUCCAGGCGCUGAAUGUAGAGGCUACCUACUCGCCCACGUUUUACAUCAUCCGCGAUAUGCGCCGCAAGGUAGUGUGCGUUGCGGUGCGUGGCACGCAGAGCUUUGCCGAUAUCGUGGUCGACUUGGACAUGCGCACCGAGGAUGUCACCCCGUCGCUGGCCGAAUGGCGCGGCGUCGAGCGCGGGUCGAAUACCGAGCGAUUCUCGUACCAUGCAGGGAUUUGGCGCGCCGCCGAAGCGCUCGUCCAGCCUGGAUCGACCUUGUUCAACAAGCUAUGCGAUACCCUGAACGAGUACCCCGAGUUUGGACUCGUGUUUGUUGGACAUUCGUUGGGCGGCGCCAUCGCAAGCGCCGCCACGAUCCUGCUUUCUGAAUACCAUCUUGACGGAGACGCGGACGCGUCGCGAGGUAUAUGGCGCACCGUCGACACAAACGGAUUUUCCGGCGGCCGACGCAUUCGUGCGAUUACCUUUGCACACCCAUCCACCCUCUCGUACAACCUCUCGCAUCGCACCUCGUUCGGUGCCGUACCCCUGGUAACAACAGUUAUCUACGGCAGCGAUAUCAUUCCACGGUUUGGACACGGGCAGAUCCGCGAGUUGCGUCGCGUGCUAGGCGCCUUGACGCGUGUGCGACGCAGACGACACAAGUACGCCGCGGCGAAUCGCAACGACGCGAAAAAAGACAGUGAUUGUGAGGCUGUGGGAGUGCAUGUGCUGCGCAGGUAUUGUGACUGGCUAUCUAUCUGCUACACGGAUAGGCCUGACGACGUCAUGCGCGACCGCAAGCGGAACAUUGAAGACACAUUUUGGCGGCUACGAAGGGAGGUGGAGGACGACUUGUAUGCCCAGGCCAAGCACCGAUUUGACAAGGCAAAUACCCAUAUCAAUGCACCUAUUUCGCCUUGGAUCCAGGCUGUACGGCAGGGCGACGUUCCGCUGCACACGCUCUCGACACGGCGCCAGCGCAUGGACCAAGCGACGCUCAGCAACGAGGCGGCGCAUGGUGGCACGCUGGUGCCUGCAGGACGGAUCCUAUGGAUCGCUGACGGAGACCUAUAUACCGUCACGGACCCUCGUACAUUCUUCAGUCUCCCCGACCUGACAUCGAGCCUGUUUGCCGAUCAUUUCCCUGCCGCGUACGAAGAAGCUGUCGCGGCGCUCGGCAAAGAUUUGCGGUAG